CCUAGUCGUUGGAAUAUACACGAAUAUGGAAGGAACCUACGAUUGAUCUAAAUUCAUCUCGAUUCCACCUUUUGUUUAAAUUUCUACCAUUGUCUUUAGCUUGAAAGGGUUUCAGAUGAACGGGCUUUCGUUUUCGGAGAUUUGUUGUCUGUUUUGCUGUCCGCCUUGCCCGGGAAAAAUCGCUGCGAAGUUAGCCUUUCUUCCUCCGGAGCCGACAUAUUCGCUUCAAGAUUUGGGCGAUGGAACUUUCGGGCUUCAUCUCACAGAGAAAGCCGAGUGGCAGUACGGCCAGAAGGAGCUAGACUGCAUCGAGGUUUUCACAGCGAAAACAAGCAAAGGGAAUCAGAUCGGUUGCAUGUACGUGAGAUGCUCUCCGAACGCUCGCUUCACCGUACUCUUUAGCCACGGCAACGCCGUAGACCUCGGACAAAUGUCAAGCUUUUACGUUGGUCUCGGAUCGAGGAUUAACUGUAAUAUAUUUUCAUACGAUUAUUCUGGGUACGGUGUUAGUCAAGGAAAGCCUUCAGAAAAGAAUCUUUACGCCGAUAUCGAUGCCGCUUGGCAAGCAUUGCGAACGAGGUACGGAAUCAGCCCAGAGAACAUAAUUGUGUAUGGCCAAAGUAUAGGCACUGUACCUACGGUAGAUUUGGCUUCGAGAUUUGAAUGUGCAGGAAUUAUUCUUCAUUCACCGCUUACUUCUGGAAUGAGAGUAGCUUUUCCCGAGACGAAGAGGACGUGGUGUUUUGACGCAUUUCCUAGUAUUGAAAAGGUCUCCAAAAUUGUUUCACCAGUGUUGGUCAUUCAUGGAACAGAGGAUGAAGUUAUAGAUUUCUCACAUGGCUUAGCCAUCUAUGAGCGAUGUCCGCGGACAGUGGAGCCACUUUGGGUGGAAGGUGCCGGUCACAAUGAUGUGGAAUUGUAUGGUCAAUAUCUGGAGAGGUUGAAACAAUUUAUACAACAUGAGCUGGUGACAAACUGAUGUAUUGAAAGACAACAUUUUUCAAGCACUGUGCAGUGUAGUUGUUAUUAGAAUACUGUUAGUAUUACCAAGUUGUUUAGCUUUUUAAUUUGCAUCAUUGAAUGUGUGUGAUCAGGGACAUUCUUUGUAAACUGAGUGUUAGCAAAGACCUUUAAGCCCUGAUACAAUUUAAUGUAGUAAUUCUGUGAUAUACAUGUGCAUGCAUGUCUUCAAGAAUUGUUGAAUGGUGAAAUGCAUUUUUUGUAAUAUUAUUUCUCAUGAUUUGUGAGGAAAACUCAUAAUACAUUUAUUAUAUGGGCUUCAAAGGUUAAUGUUAGUAACUAGUGUAUUGUAUCUAUAAAAACAUAUGUUUAUUGUUCACUAUAAAUCAUAAAAAUUUAUUUUAAAGUUCAGUGAUGCUAUUCCUUUAAUUGACAAGAAGUAUUUUUGUAAAUGGUCUCCAUAUUCAUUUAAAUCUUUGCUGUAAAGAGUACAGUGUGUUUCAAGUUUGUUUUUUCGGUGGUAAUCGUUAGAACCAGAAAUUUAUCCAUCUAUAUUAUUUUCGUUCAAUUUGUUACUGAUUCAUUCUUGAAGCAUUAAGUUCAAUGCUCAAUGUCACAUGUAUUUAUAAAUGCAGAAUGUUUCAAUCUGUAAAACUACAUGUAAAUUUAGUUUUUUUGGAACUUUGUUUUGGCAUUGCAAACUUACUUUGAUCAUUUCAAGGAAUUUAACCUGCACAUUUACUGUAAGUAAGGUUUUGUUGUUGCGAAAAUGGGUUAUAGGCAGGAUGAAAUUUUGGAAUGAUCAUUACAAAUAACUUGAUAUAGACUUAAUAGUAGUUAAUGUGUAGUUUAAUAUUUAUAAGGAGCACUUAUCUCUUGAAAGUGGAGGCUCUGUCUGGAAAAUUGUGAUGUUAUUUUCGUGACAUUCAAAAUAACUCUGAGUAUUGAUUUCUCUUUUAGUUCCCAGUGAAUAAUUUGGCAUGAAAUUUGAGGUCUUGGGUUUCUUUUUUUUUUUUUUUUUU